UGAUGACCCACAAGAAUGAGGAUUUAUUUAUACAGAAAUGUGAUGUACGAAUCGGAAUAAUUAAGGUGACGUUAAAUUAUUAACUUCCUCCUGUCUCGCUACACAAGUUGUGAAAGAGUUGAUGGACAGCAUCUUUAUCACUGGGAUACUUCGUCACUGUCAAAUCUACAUGCCAACAUGUCACAAAGAGAGCAGCGUUCAAGAAAUAACCGCGAAUCAUCCAGUACAUAUACAAUCAUAACAACAGAAGACCCCGAAGACGAUAUUGUCAAUAGAACUGUUCAAUGGAGGAUCAACAAAGCCGAAAAUAAUUUGGCUGAUUCUGUGUGUUCUAACGCAUCAACCUCAUCCACCACUUCAUCUUCAUCGUCCACCAUACUGGCUCCUAGGCCAUCUACCUAUACCGAAGCAACUAACGCAACUCAGGUUGUACAGGAGGAAGUCCUGUCUCUGCCACAACCCGUAAUCACCACACCUCAACAGGACGAAGAGGAAGAAAAGCGUUGCUGGAUAUGCUUUGGCGAAGAGGAAGAUUCUGAGGGCAAGUGGGUGAAGCCAUGCAAAUGCUCUCUAAUUUGUCACGAGGAAUGUCUUUUGAACUGGAUCUCUGAAAAUCAAAAGGGACAGCCUUUCCGUAGGGUCCUCUGUCCACAAUGUGCGACUCCCUAUCAGUUGGUAGAGAGAGUCAGUAUACCAUUGUAUAUACUAUCGAAAGCAGACGCCGCAGUGCAUAUUGCUGCACCUUACAUUACCGUCCUUGGCCUGACAUGCUCCGUAUUAAUCUCUUCAACAACGUAUGGAGCAUAUGCCGUGCUAACUCUGUUUGGGCCAAAACAGGGUGAACGGCUUUUAGGUCAGCCAGGCGUAUGGACAUGGAAAACCUGGGUGGGUCUCCCAAUGAUCCCAGUUGUUUUGAUUGCCUCCAGAUCUCGGUGGGCCGACGGUAUUCUACCUUUUGUUGCAGUGCUGAUGGUAAGAGCAUCGGGCGGUCCACAGCAGAUGCGUAUCGGCUGGCCACCUAGUCCAGCUGUAACAGUUGGGUUUUUGCCUUGGUUUUAGCUGUUGUACAAUAACAUUUUCUCCAUUGCCCGCCAAUAUCUUUCUCGCAAACUCGUCCGAUCCAGAGAUGGAUCCAGAGCCAGAACCUUGGAGCAAAUCCACGGCAGACCAAGACGACGGAGCUCAUUUGAGUCAGAGGAGAGUGGCCACGAACCAUACGAUGAUAUUGAACCUGAUAUGUUGAUCGGCCGAGACACUCGCGAUGUUGGAAUAACUGUUGUUGGCGCUUUGCUUUGGCCAGCAAUAGUUGCCUUUAUCACAUGAAGGUAGUGCGUCGAAUAUU